AUGAUGAAUAAGGGACACCAGGAGCAGGCAAGGGACUACAAAAGAGAGAUCCCCGCUGCCUGCGACGCCAUGAUGUAUGAACAGCGUGAGAGGGAGAAGAUCCAACCAUUGACGAAGUGUUUUUACAACACAUUUAACGGGCAGCAGGGCGCCCUCUUGACUCCUGGCUCCUGGGAUUCUCCACCACCAGCUGCUGCUGCUAGCCUGCUACCAACAAUUCGCGCAUUUCUUCGUGUUUCUCCUUCAGUUCCUCGCUUGCAUCUUCUGCUAGAUCAAGUUGACCCUUGCCCCGCCGCCGCCAGUGACGAUGUCACUCUGGUUCUCGUCGGAAAGGUUGGCGCCGGCAAGAGCGCCACCGCUAAUAGCAUCCUAGGUUUCGACGCGUUCGCGUCGGAGUACUCCUACACCAGCGUUACCGAGACGUGCCAGAUGAGGAGUCUUAGCAUCCUAGGUUUCGACACAUCUGGGCUGUAUGACAUAAAUGUCAAAACCGAAGACACCCAUAAGGAGAUUGCCAAGUGCAUGGAUAUGUCCAGGGACGGCAUACAUGCCAUGCUCAUGGUUUUCUCAGCUGCUACUAGGUUUACGCCUGAAGAUGCGGAUACAAUCAAGUCCAUCAAAAUAUUUUUCGGGGAAAAAAUUGUCGACCAUAUGAUACUAGUUUUCACAUAUGGGCAUCAAGUAGGUGAGAUGACCUGGAGGAAGAUGCUGACUGACAAGAACGCAAGAUAUCUGCAGGACACAAUACAGGCAUGCGGAGAUAGGGUCCUUCUCUUUGACAACAAGUCCUAUGAUGAGCUGAAACUACACAGACAACUAGUGGAACUGUUCGAUGCAGUGGACACUAUAAUAGCACGCAAUAGAGGAAAACCCUUCUCAAACCAGAUGUUCGCUCAGAUUCAGGAAGUGUAUGCCACGAGAGAAGACAUUCGUGUCCAGACUGAACAAAUGUUGAACUCUCAGAAAGAGAUAUAUGAUGGGCAUAUUAUGCAGAUUGCAAAGAUGGUGGAGGAAAAGCUUAACACUACAAUAGAGAGUCUGCAACAACAACUAAGGGAGGAGCAAAAAGCAAGAGAGGAGGCCGAGAAAAAGUCUCCUAAUGAAGUGCAAACCAUCCUAGAUGAGUACCAACAAGUGAUCAAGAGGUACAAAUCUAAAUGCAAAGUUCUUGAAAAUGAAUAUGCUAAGCUUAAGGCCUCAAAUAAUGAGUUGCUUAUUAGACACAAUGAGGUAGUAGAAACUCAUGAUACAUGUAUUGUUUCUAGCAAGCAACUUAGAGAGGAGCAUGACAAGUUACUUGCUAAGCACAAUGAAUUGAAUGUUAAACAUGAGAAAGUAGUUGUGCUUAAUAAGUCACUUACUUCAUGCAACAAGAAACUUAAAUUUAAUUAUGCCAACUUAAGUAUGAAGUAUCAAGAACUUGACCUUGCCUUUGAUGCCUUGGAUGAAGAACUAAAAGAAACUCAAAAGGAAGUCAUCAAAGUCAAUAUAUCUACUUCUUGUGAUGAUCUUGUGGAGUUGCCUCACCCUACUAUUUAUCAUCAUACUUCUCCUUCUUGUUCAAAGACUAACCAUGAUAGGGAGAAACAACUUGAGGAGGAACUUGAAAGUGGCGCCGGCGGCGAGAGCGGCAGCGGUCGUGGUAGGAGCUUCGCGGAGGUCGUCACGGAAGUGUACGCCGGGCCUGCUAAUCCCCCCAAUCGACUUGUACGGGCCCUGCGGUGGUGGUCUAGGAGUCAAAGGGGUGCGGAGGUCGCCGGCGGCGGCAAUUUCUUGCGAAUGGGGCUCACCUGCGGCGGCGGCUUCGUGAGCAAAUCCGGCGUGGGUGUGGUCAUGAGUCGGAGCAGCGGCUCGGUGCGCGUCUGGGCGUCGAAGUGGGGCUAA